UAUCUUCUACCUUUCUACACUAUAUUAAGAUCUAUACCUAACAAAUUAUUAGGUAUUAUUACAAUGUUUUCUACAAUCUUAAUAAUAAUAAUUAUGCUAUUUAUAGAUUUAGGUAGAAGUAGGGGAUUACAAUUCAGGCCUUUAAGUAAAAUAGCAUUUUUUGUUUUCGUAGCAAAUUUUCUAGUUUUAAUAUAA